GCGUAGAAGUGAUUAUAACCGUCAUCACGGCUCAUCUCGUGUCUUACACUCAGUGAUACUGCUCAUAGACUUCAAUAAGAUAUUUUAAAGUCAAAUAUCGUGGACAACAUCUAUUGCCAUGUUUCCAAAUAAUAUGCAGUUUCCACCUUUUCCAGAACCAAAACAGGGAUGCUCCGGAAAGUCAAUAGAGUUAUUGGCCAAUUAUUUUCCCAUGGUUUCAGCAACAAAUACGUUUCCCACCUUUUAUCAAUAUAGUGUUAGCUUCAAUCCCGAUGAGCUAUUAAUUAGUACCAAAAUUGAAUUAGUAGCUCAGCAUCAAGAACGUCUGGGACUAUAUUUGUAUGAUGGAAAAUGUCUAUUUACCAUUAAUCAAUAUGAUUUCAAUACUUUUGAACUUACGUCACGCCGUUCAAAUCGCCGAGUAAACAUACUAACAUUGAAAAUUAUGAAUUCUUUUUCAAUCGACGAAGACGAAAGUAUUAUAGCUUUGAAUAUACUCCUGCCAAAAUGUUUAAAACUUAUGCAACUUACACCUAUCGGGAGAAACUAUUAUGAUUUAAAUUCUAAAAUUGUUAUGCCUCAAUACAAAAUGCAGCUAUGUAGAGGAUAUGAAGCACUCAUUGAUAGUUAUGAAAAUGAACUAUUAAUGCGUAUUGAUUUAUCCUCCAUUGCCAUUAGUCAAUACACAGUAUUGGAUUUAUUGAAGCAGUUUUCUAUCAAUAGGAUUAGAAACAAAAAUUGGAUGAUUAACUUUAAAAAUGCUGUUGUUGGCAAUACAGUUAUGACCAUUUACAACAAUAAGACGUACGUUAUUGAUGAUGUAGAUGAAAAUGCUGGGCCCAACUCAGAAUUGUGUAAAUACGAUCGGUCCAUUUUAACAUAUAGGCAAUACUACAGACAAAAAUGGAACAGGAUUAUUGUUAAUAGUCAUCAACCAUUAUUAAUUUCUAAAAAUAAAAAUUCGGGACAACAAGAUGGAAUUGAUGAUAAAUUGGUGUAUCUUAUACCAGAAUUCUGCGUUAUAAUUGGUAUUACUGACUCCAUGAGAAAUAAUUUUACACUUAUGAAAGACAUAUCGCAACACAAUCGUCUAUACCCUAGAGAAUGGAUGGAAAGACUUACGAAUUUCGCGGAUGAUUUUUUUUUAAAUUCUAGCUGUAUAGCAGAACUGAAUAAAUGGAAUCUGACAUUAAGUAGGAAUCUUAUGGAGGUUCCUGGACGGAUUUUGAGACCUCAAAAAAUUCUAUGUCGUUCAACAAGAUAUAGCAGCGGGGAAGAAGGAGAUUGGUCAAACAAAUUACAAUCUGUACCAAUGUUUACCUCUGCGGUGGUAAAGCAUUGGGUAAUUUUAACUCCUAGGAACUUUUGUGAAGAUGUUGAUGUUUUUACUCAAAAUAUUAUACAAGCGGCAAGAAAUAUGUCAUUUAAUCUACCGAAACCUGUUAUAGUCCCCAUGAAUGAUGGAACAUCAAGUACAUUCAUAAACAAUAUCGACGAUGUUAUUAAUAGAAUCAAGCCAGAAUUUAUAGUAUGCGUAAUUUCAUCGCCGAAUAGUUUUAUUUACAAUACGAUUAAACGAAAAUUAUGUAUUGAUAGAGCUGUACCAUCCCAAAUAGUCACCUUAAAUAAUGUGAAAACAAACGAUUUCUCCGUAUGUACAAAAAUUGCAAUCCAAAUGAAUUGUAAACUUGGAGGUAUUCCGUGGCUGGUUCCCAUUUCUAAAAAUGGCAUGAUGAUAGUUGGAUGUAAUACGUACGAAGACAUCCAACGGAAAAAUAAAUCCUUUGGUGCUUUAAUAGCAUCAUUGGAUAAUAAUCAUUCCACAUAUUUUAAUAACGUAGAAACAUAUAGCAAUCUUCAGGAACUUUCCACUAAUUUUGCAAUUGCAAUAAUUAAGGCCUUGUCAAAAUAUAGAUCCAAAAAUGGUACAUUACCUACUUCUAUUAUUAUAUAUAGAGACGGCGUUGGAGAAGACCAAUCGUCGCAUAUCCGAAUGACAGAAGUUAAACUUGUUCAGGCUGCUUGUCAAAGAGUGUAUGGAUCAAAUUCCGUCCCAUUUACGUUUGUUAUAGUUACCAGAAAUAAUCAUUCACAGUUUUUUGUUCGCGGUAUAAGAGGAUUCGAAAAUCCCCGAAUCGGUACAAUUGUAGAUAGUUAUGUGAUAGACCCAAACAAGUACGAAUUCUUUUUAAUUUCACAACACGUAAAACAAGGUAGUGUAACACCAACACAUUAUGAAGCGAUAGAAGACUCAAAUAAUUUUCUACCCGAUACAUUACAAAAAAUUACAUUCAAGUUGACUCAUAAUUACUUCAAUUGGCCGGGUACCAUACAAGUCCCUGCUCCGUGUCAGUUUGCUCAUAAAUUGGCGUAUUUUACUGGCGAAACUCUAGGAAGUUCUCCCAACCCUGGUUUAGAUGAAACGUUGUUCUUUUUAUAAUGGUUGUAUACAUUUUUUCUUUAUAUAUAGCAUCUACCUCAACUAUUAUUGUUUAGUUUAAUGUUCCUAUUUUAUUUAUUUUUAUGAUGUACCUAAUGCUUAACUUUGUUAUUAUUUUGUUAUCGAUUUUUUAAAAUUAUUUUGUAAAUAAAUACUACGUUUUUAUAUUUCAA